GUUUUUGUCGUUUAUUUUGGGUUGAUUCAUCUUCGGCCCUACAUUCCGCUCGGCUGUAGAAAGUGCGCAGGGAGCUUGAAAUUGUUGUUUAGUGCUAAAGUUACCCCAAAUUUCGUGACGAUUGUUAGAGCAAAACAAGAAAGGUUUGCCCGUGCAACACGUGCAACGAAACGAUUGAGAAGAUAACCAGCGAAGCAAGUGCAAGAAAAAAAAGCGGUGCAACGCACAACACAAACAAACCCCGACUAAUCAUCAUCAUCAUCGUCGUCAUUUGUGCAAGAAUAAAAGGUCGUAGUUAUUUGCUGCGACGAGCGUGACUCAUCAGUCGAGCUGGACCACCAAUCGCGGGGCGAUAAGCGUGAAAAUUAGCAGCCGAGUGUGGCUGUGUGGCUGUGUGGCUGUAGUUGGUGAAGCUACAACGUUAGGCAAUCCUCGUGUGAUCUAUUGUUUCGAGCGGGAGGGAAAAGCGGUCUAGAAAAUGUCGCUAAACACCGCACACGCCAACAAUGGCGUACUGAUACACGCUGGCGAAGGAAUACUCAUCUUCAGCGAUCAUGUGACGAUUGAGUUCUCGGGCCACAGCAACGGUGCGAUGAAGGGUAGCAAGCAGGGCCGCGUCUACCUCACCACGCACCGCGUCAUCUACAACGGCAAGAGCGAGACGGACGCGCUGCGCUCCUUCAGCAUGCCGUUCGUGUCGAUGCGCGAGGUCGAGGUGGAGCAGCCCGUCUUCGGCGCGAACUACAUCAAGGGCAAGGUGCAGGCCCAGCAGAACGGCAACUGGGAGGGCGAGGCGAAGUUUAAGAUCGUCUUCAAGCACGGCGGUGCGAUCGACUUUGGGCAGGCGAUGUUGCGGGCGGCCUCGAUCGCCCAGCGCAACGCGGGCAACGCUCCGCCGCCGCCGUACACGCCGCCCGGCGGUGCAUGGUAUGCGGCGCCACCGCCCGCCUACACCCCGAACCCGUACAACUACGGCUGGGUGCCGGGAGCGGCCGUCUUUCCCGAGCAGCCGCAGCCGAACACGAUCUACAUGCACGACAGUCCGCCGCCGUACCCGGGCAUUGUGCCGGGAGCGGCCGGACCGACCGGACCGGCCGGCUACCCGUAUCCGCCACAGCAGCAGCCGCCGCAGCAGCAGCAGUUUGCCGGUGGCUAUCCGCAUCCGCCGGCGUCCGGUGCCGGCUACCCGAUGCAGGCCGGGUUUGUCGGUGGACCGGGCGCUGGCUACCCGAACGGGAACGUGGCGCAAGGUGGCUACCCGCAGCCGGGACCGUCCAGUGGUGCGAUGGGCUUUACUGCGCCUCCACAACCGAACUCGAAGGAAGCCGAAGCGGCCCAGAGCGCGUACUACGAUCCCAACAGACCCCAGACGGCUUACGUUCCACCGCCGGCAUAUUACGAACCACCGCCAAGCUACAGUUCGCUCAACAAGAAGGAACAGUAAACAAAAAAAAAAAAGGGAAAACCCGUCGCAUGCAUCUGUGCAUUCGAUUACUGUUUUUCAUCAAAAACUGAACCCCGAAACCCCGUUCCCCCGCACAGGUGGUGCACACGGCCCUCGCAAAAAAAACGGAAUGUGGCCCCCGGUGGGCAGGGGGUGGGUUAAGAGUUGUAUAAUUUGAUUGUUUUCUCUUUUUAAUGUAAUUGUUUAGAUUUUAUCGCCGUUUUCUAUUGCCGUUGUUGCUUCGCUGCAUACAAUCACAAUUCGGUUGGACAUUCUCGGUCGGUCCCUUAAAGGGAAGGGUGACUCCCGAUCAUGGUUUCGGUGUAUGUGCGUGUUUCUGUGCUCA